CUUCCAGCCUUAUCAUCCAUAGACUUGGAAAGGUUUUAGGCUUUUUUGGGGUUUAGCUUCUUUUGGAGUUUUAGCAUUUUUGGUCUUUUUCAGUCAUGGCGUUAGAGCUUUUGAUGGCUGAUUAUGGUGACAUUGUUGCUGAUUAUGAUGAAGAGGAAGAAGAAGAAUCAAGCUUGCUUGCUGAGACAGGGAAUAUCUUCUUCGAAGACAUGACUAAUGAGAUGGAGGAAAGGAAGACUAUCUCAGUUGAGUUGGCUAUGCAGAGGGAGCUUGAUUACUGUAACAAGAUUAAGGAAAUGAAAAAGGAGCUACCUGGUUAUGAUUAUGAGGAACUCUCAAUGCCUGUCCAGGGGGGACCUUCAAUUUUUGAACUUUGGGGAAUUGAUGUAAGAUCCCCUCCUCACAAUUUUUCUAACACACAAGGUGAAACGUCUGACUCGGUAGUCUUUGCAAAAAAGAUUGUAAAGGAGCAAACUAGAGACGAAAUGGAUAUAGGUAAAGUGGCUAACGAUAACGUGAAUACGAACAUCAUGCAAUUCAUGCCUGUGGAGCUUACAAUUCAAAGAGAGUUUGCAUUCCAGAAGAAGAUUAAGGGGAUUCAGUUGCAACCUUGUUGUGAUUUUGUGGAGCUUUCGAUGCCUGUCCAGGGGGAACCUUCAACUUGGGAAAUUGGUAGAAGAUCCCCUUCUGACAAUUUUUCUAACACACAAGGUGAGACGUCUGACUCGAUAGUCUUUGCGGAAAAGAUUAUAAUGGAGGAAGUUAGAGACGAAAUGAAUAUAGCUAAAGUGGCUAAAGAGACCUUGAAAAGGAACAUCAUGUCUGUGGAACUUGCAAUUCAAAGGGAGCUUGCAUACCAGAAGAAGAUUGGGGGGAUGCAGUUGCCACCUCGGGAUGAUUUGGUGGAGCUUGCCAGGAAAUUUUCAACAGAGCUACCAGUUGCUGACCAGGGGACACAUUCAAUUCUAGAACCUACGGAAAUGAACACGAUACCAACUUCUGACAAUUUUCCCUGCUUUAAAGAGCGACCGACAAGUGAGAAGGUGAUGUGGAAAACAAUAUCAGUGGAGCUUGCUCUUCAAAGGGAAGUUGAAUACCAAGGGAAGAUUAAAAGGUUGAAGUUGCAAGCAGGUAAUGACUUUCGUGAAGCUACCCAGCCUAGCAUCCAGGGAACAACUUCAGAUUUGGAGCUUAGGAACAUAGAUAGGGAAUCCUUUUUUGAGAAUGGUUCAAGUUUGCAAGGUUGGGAGCUUGAAUUCCAAAGGAAAUUGCAGGAUUUGCAGUCUGGUUUUAAGUUUCAGGGACUGCCUAUCCCGUCGCAGGGAUUAACUCCAUACCAGAGAACUGCCACGGUGAAGGAAACGGCUCCAUUUGCCAAUCCAGCAUACCUGGUAUCACAAAAAGUGAAACAACACAUCUAUCAGAAAAACCCUCUAUACUGCAAGGACUGCGACGUGUUGUGCUCUGGUGCGAAAGCUCUAAAGAUGCACUGUAGAGGUAAAAGACAUGUGACUGUAGUAAAGCGAAAGAAAAAUGGCACUGGUGGGAGAGAACUAGUGUGCGAGGUAUGUCUAGUAGGAUUUACAGACAGAGACUCUCUACGGCUACAUCUUUCUGGGAAGAAGCAUGCUGCUAACAGUGGCCGUCCUGAAGGUCCUGGCGGAGACGGCAUAUGGCAAAGGUGGGCACUUGCGCACCCAGCCCCCAAGCCCAUUUUUUAAAUUUGUAAAGGCGGUUCGGAGGUAAAACACUGAAUCAGUUGCAAAGUCCGAGCAGAAAAUCUUUCAGCUGAAUACAAGCUUCUCGAAAGAUAAAGAAACAUUAACCAUUAUCCUAAUCUUGUAUGUGUUUAGGUCUUUGACGGAAACACAUUUUGUUUGUCCAGUCUAGAAAUCAAAUAUAGUUAGAGACUCAUACUUAAACUAUUCUGAGUAGUUUAGAAUUUACACCUUUUCACUUGUGGUGCUAUGUAUAUAUUGUCAAGUCCGAGUAGGUGUUUUUUGUUCUCUGAAUGAUGCAUAUA